AUGUCAACUGAUACUGGGCAUGUUUCCGGAUCCUUUGAUGCGAGCUGGGCGCUCAAUAACCCAGAAGCCCAGUUUGACUGGGGCUAUCGGUCUAAGCACGGCUCGGUCGUCUUGUCAAAGCUGAUCACCGGUGCUUAUUACGGAACCACUAUCAGUUAUUCGUACUACUCCGGAUGCUCCACUGGUGGUCUGCAGGGCUUCAGAGACAUUGAGUUGUACCUGGGUGACUUUGACGGAAUUUUGGCAGGAGCACCUGCAUGGCGGACGACGCGUCUCCAACCAGACAAUGUACAAGUGGCACUCCACAACCUUCCGGUCGACGCUCCUACUCACAUCUCCUCCCAGGGCAACUUUGUCCCUGAAAGGCUGCUUUGCACACAUACUUCAAACAAAGGCGCAUGUCUGACUGGACCUCAAUUGGAAACUUUGUACUAUAUCUACAAUGAUUGGCGGGAAACAAACCAAACGUUCGUCUUCCCUCACUUUGAAAUGGGAUCCGAUGCUCAGUAUGGUUUUCUCCUGAACACGGAUCCCGGAAAUCAUACCGAGCCAGGGAUUGCGUGGAUACGGAAGUGCCUUUACAAUGACACAUGGGAUUGGCAUGAAUUUACUUACCAGGUAAUCCUGGACGCGGACCGUAUCAACCCUGAGCAGGCGAAUGUUGGCUUCAAUUUCACUGGGUUCUACAAACGUGGUGGCAAGAUUAUUUAA